CAUAGUUUAUUAAUACUGAGAAUUGGACCUUAAAAUAAUGUGUGGCCCAAGUUAUUUUUAGACAAAGAAGAAAAGGAUACAUCAAAGCAAAAUGCAGUCCAAACUCUACUGGUUGGUAAACAAUUACGCAAGUUGUUUUUCUCGUCUUCAUACGGCUAGGUAUCUGUCAUUCAGAGGAUACAUGACGAGUAAAAGAGACAAACCAUGAAGCUUGUUCCAGUUUUAAUGCUCAAUGUGUGGGCAAUAACAGCAGAUAUACUUUCACCGAACAUUAACAUCCUGGAUGAACUGCAGAAGAUAAAAACCAUGGAAAUCAGGAUGAAAUCUAUGGAGAGCGAAAUGGCACAACUGCAAACAAAAAACACAGAACAGGAGAAAGAAUUGGCGUCCCUGAAUGUUAAAAUGAACGAGAGAACGAUCAAAAUGGAUGAACUGAUAACAGAAAAUAAAGAACAGGCAAUAAAGCUGGAGGGUACAAUGAAUGACAUCAAGUCGAAAGUAGAUGAACUUAUAAAACAAAAAAAUGCUUCAAAAGUGGUUUUCUCAACGUCCCUGUUGUCCUCUAACGGGCCCCAUGCCAGUUUACACACACUGAUUUACAAACACGUCUUCCUCAACACUGGAAAUGCCUACGAUCCAAACACAGGAAUCUUUACAGCGCCUAUGAGGGGAAUCUAUGUAUUCAUGGUGUUUUCAAAGGCCUAUGGAGGUCGAGAUAAAGCUGUGGUCGCAGGCCUGUUUAAAAACGAUCAACAUGUGUUUUCUACAUAUGCAGGUCAGAGUGGUGGAUUCAUCAGCUCUUCGAAUGGAGUUUCCCUGUUGCUGGAAAAGGGUGAUAGAGUUUACGUAAAUCUUUACCCAGGAUAUUGGAUUUAUGACAAUGAACAUCAUCAUAGCACCUUUAGUGGACACCUGCUUUUCCAAAUGUGAUCAGAACUGUACCUGAGUUUAAUAACCAAAAAUAAAUAUCAAGACUGUCUUAAAA